AUGCACAGCCAGGCAGCGCUGACCCACUGCGGGCAGCGCCCCGGGCAGCUGGGGAAGCUCGGCACGGCCCUGAAACGGGAGCUGCCGGGCACCACGUGCAGGCUGCCCCUGGUGCUGGCCGCCCUGCCCGCCAUGGCUGCCGGCGAGGAGGUCUCGCCCGGCCUGCAGGACGCGUGGGGCGACUUCUGGCUCUUCCGCUUCUUCCUUAACGCUGCUGGCUACGCGAGCAUCGUGGUGCCCGGCUUCCUCCUCAUCCAGUACUUCAAGAGGAGGAAUUACCUGGAGACAGGCCGGGGAAUUUGCUUCCCUGUCAUUAAAUCGUGCGUGUUCGGCUCGGAGGUGAAGUCUGUGCACCAAGAGGAUGGCUCUCUCCCGGCCCGAGCAGAGCCCACCGAGUCCUCUACAGCCCGACAGGUCUUCAAGCUGCUCUUCUGUGCUGCUGGUCUGCAGGCCUCCUACCUGACGUGGGGUGUCCUCCAGGAACGUGUGAUGACGAGGACGUAUGGAGCUACUGACACAGACCCUGGCGAGAAGUUCAAGGACUCCCAGUUCCUGGUGUUCAUGAACCGCAUCCUGGCCUUCACGGUGGCUGGUCUGUACUGCGCCCUGACCAAGCAGCCACGCCACGGUGCUCCUAUGUACAAAUAUUCCUUUGCCUCCCUCUCCAACAUCCUGAGCAGCUGGUGCCAGUAUGAGGCACUCAAAUACAUCAGCUUCCCCACACAGGUGCUGGCCAAGGCCUCCAAAGUGAUCCCUGUGAUGAUGAUGGGCAAGCUGGUGUCGCGCAAGAGUUACGAGUAUUGGGAGUACCUGACCGCUGCCCUUAUCUCCGUGGGGGUCAGCAUGUUCCUGCUCUCCAGCGCUCCCAACCGGCACGCGUCCACCGUCACCACCUUCUCRGGCGUAGUGCUCCUGGCGGGCUACAUCGUCUUCGACAGCUUCACCUCCAACUGGCAGGACGCCCUGUUCGCCUACAAGAUGUCCCCCGUGCAGAUGAUGUUCGGCGUCAACGUCUUCUCCUGCCUCUUCACGGUGGGCUCGCUGCUGGAGCAGGGUGCCUUGCUGGAGUCGGGGCGCUUCAUGGCGCGCCACUCGGAGUUCGCCGCCCACGCCGUGCUGCUCUCCGUGUGCUCUGCCUGCGGCCAGCUCUUCAUCUUCUACACCAUCAGCCAGUUCGGCGCCGCCGUCUUCACCAUCAUCAUGACGCUCCGCCAGGCCUUUGCCAUCCUGCUCUCCUGCCUCAUCUACGGGCACGCCGUCACCGUCGUGGGCGGCCUGGGGGUCGCCGUGGUCUUCGUGGCCCUCUUCCUCCGCGUCUACGCUCGCAGCCGCAUGAAGAAGCGAAGUAAGAAGCUGCCCCCGGGCGAGGGCCCUGUGCAGAAGGUCUAAGGAGCCGGGGCCGUGGCACUUGAGCUGUGCCCCUUGUCCUGCCUCUGUGUGGGGACACCUGCUGGAUUUGUCCCCUCUUCGUGAACCCACUGAGAAGCAGGGUGGGGGAUGGAYAGGCUGGACCGGUGACUCACCUUCCCACCUGCUUUUCUUGGGGAAGGGGCCAGAACAAAUCCAGGGAAGCCAGGCAUGCUCCGAGCUGCUACAACUCCAAGCCUUUCCGUUUGCCUUAAUGGGUUGAGACUUGUAGCCAAGGCAUGGGCCUGGGAGCUCAGCUGCUGGGAGAAAACCAGCAUGAGGCUGCUGGGACUCCUGCCCGUGCCCAGCCUCUGAAUCACGGCGUAUCUCUAAGGUCACCGGUGAACAAGGGAUGCUUUAUUUCCUGGCACCAUCUUGCCUCUGGCCAGUGCUCCUCUGUUUCUGUCACUAGUGCAGAGCUCAGGAGGAGGAAAGGGCAAGAGAACCAUGUUACCUUUGAAAUGCCUCGGUGCGAGGUGAGGGCCGAGCCUGCCCCAGAGGGGAACAGGGCAGGAGCUCGAGGUCCCCCCAGCCUUGGCUCCCCAGCCAGGAGGUGCUCCAGCCAGCUAGGGUAGCCACGGCGAGGGAAGGACUCCCCGCCUCUCCCGCCUUCGCUGGGAGAUCUGCUCUGGAGAGCACUCUGGAAUCGGAGCCGGUACCUCCCGGGUUAGUUUUCUCACUGCUGCCCCAACUCCCUUUCCUUUGCUUCUCCCAGCCCGGGCUGAUGUUUCUGCGGCGCGAGGCUGGCCAGG